AUGCUUGAAACAUUUUACCGUGUGAGAAAGAUAUGGUACAUGGUAAUUGCCGUUAUUGGUGUUCCUGUGAACGUUGUGGCGAUAGUGAUCCUGUCCCGGGGAAAGUGCGGUCUCUCUACCUGCACCACUCGCUACCUGGUGGCCAUGGCAACGGCGGAUCUAAUGACCAUCGUCUUUCCGGUGAUAUUGUGGCGGGUCAGUUAUUAUUACUUCCCCGGGACUUUCCUGGACAUCACCCCCGUAUGCAGUGUGAUCUCUGCCCUGGGAAAGGCAGCCACUGACUGCUCUGUCUGGUUCACCGUCACUUUUAUAUUUGAUCGGUUUGUCGCCAUCUGCUGCCAUAAGCGGAAAGCAAAGUAUUGCAGCGGGAAAACUGCGGCUGUGGUUCUGAUAACAAUCGGUGUUUUGCUUGGUUUUAAAAAUAUGCCCAACGCCUUUGUUUAUUUUCCUGUGAAAGUGAUUGACAAUAUACCCUGGGACUGUAUUACAAAGUCGGAUUACUAUACAGAUCCCGGGUGGCUGGGAUAUAGGUGGCUUUCGACAGUUCUAACGCCAUUGCUCCCGUUCGUAUUUAUACUAAUGCUCAACGUUCUGACGGUCAGGCACAUUUUGGUGACCAGUCGCGUCCGUAAGGGGCUGAGGGGUCAGAGCAAGGCGGAGAACCGCAGUGACCCGGAGAUGAAGAGCAGGAGGAGGUCUGUGAUCUUACUUCUCACCAUCUCCGGAAGCUUCAUCAUCCUGUGGUCGGUGAAUGUUGUCGAAUUCCUUUAUAGCGUCAUUGCCGGAUUGGAUCAAACUGAGUACAAUGGCUCUCAAUGCAUUUUUCAACACACCGGAUACAUGCUGAUGAUAUUAAGUUGCUGCACAAACACUUUUAUUUAUGGGGUAACUCAGUCCAAAUUCAGAGAGCAGUUCGUCAACACAGCGAAAUAUCCACUCGUGUCAAUUAUUCAAUUAAUUCAUAUACAAAUUAUCUAA